GAGUUCAUGUGAAAGGACGCUUCAGUCCUCCUGUCGAUUUCUUUCAUUUGCCCUCAACAGCUCGACGGAGACGCAGAACGAACACAAAUACACAAACGCACAGAGAGAAAUGAAUGCGAGGAAGCCCAAGGUGGAGGUAGAUGAUCGGAUCACGACGGAAGAGGACGGCGAAGAAAACUCCAGAGACGAGCAAGAAGAAGCAUUGGUGGCUCUGAUCGAGCACCGCACCAAAGAAGUCGAACAUAUCCGCAAGCGCAUAACCUAUUACCAAUCUCAGCUUCAAGAAGCAGAAAAGAAGUUACUUGAUUCACAAGCUCAGUUGGGUCGACUGCGAUCAAAAGACAAUCUGGUAUCGUCUAGGAGCCCUCUGGAUAAUGGAACUAAAAAAGUGAAAGUGGAGCGUAGAUCAACUAGUCCUCUGCAACUUCAAUCAAGGCCAGAACUUUUAAUUCCUGCUGUGAAUCCAAAAAUUUCCCAACCUGUAAAAUUGGCGGAUGCUGGCACUCGAGCUAGAUCACCGACUCCCAAUCAUGCUCAUAGUGUGGGAAAAGUGAAAUGGGAAAAGUCUCAUGGAAGCUCAUCUGAGCGGGAAAUGGUUGAAGUGCAAGAUAAAGGGACAAAAAGGAAGUUUGAACCAAAAGAGCACAAAGAAUUGAUUACAUCCAUAGCUACCUCUUCUUCUCCAGUUAUUGUCCGCUGUUAUUCGAGCUCUCACAUCUCCAGUCAGCAUAAGAGAAAGUUGAGAAGUCUUGUUCUGUGUCCAGUUAACAAUCAGCUUUUCGCUACCAGUGCUUUGGAUGGAAUAGUCAACUUGUGGCAAAUUCAGGCCAGAGGAUCAGGGGCCUCUCUACUUAGUGCUACUGAUUGUUUAUCACAAAAGCAAAGGAGAUGGCCAGAAGAUAUGGCCUGGCACCCAGAAGGAAACAGCAUAUUUUCUGUAUACAACGCUGAUGAUGGGGAUUCUCAGAUAUCAGUCCUAAAUCUGAAUAGAACAAAAGGGCAGGGAGCACGCGUGACUUUCCUAGAGGAGAAGCCUCAUGUUAAAGGCAUCAUCAACAGUAUAAGUUUCAUGCCCUGGGAAAAUCCAUGUUUUGUUACUGGUGGUAGUGAUCACGCUGUUGUACUUUGGAAUGAGAAAGACGAGGAGAAAUUAUGGAAACCAAAGGCGUUGCACAGGAAUAUGCACUCUUCUGCUGUCAUGGGAGUUGCUGGGAUGCAGCAAAAGCAGAUUGUAUUGUCUGUUGGUGCGGACAAGAGAAUUAUUGGGCUUGAUUUACAUACAGGAAGAACAGAUUUCAAGCAUCAGAUUGAUAGCAAAUGCAUGAGCAUUGUCCCUAAUCCAUGUGAUUUCAAUUUAUAUAUGGUUCAGGCAGGGACUCCUGGGAAGCAGCUCCGAUUGUUUGAUAUUAGAUUGAGGCAAACAGAACUCCAUGCAUUUGGGUGGAAACAAGAAAGCAGUGACUCCCUGUCAGCCCUGAUAAAUCAGACAUGGUCUCCUGAUGGUUUAUACAUCACCUCUGGUUCAGUAGACCCUGUGAUCCAUAUCUUUGAUAUAAGGUCUUAUGCUCACAAACCUUCACAAUCAAUUAAAGCUCAUCAAAAACGAGUCUUCAAAGCUAUAUGGCACCAUUCUCUCCCCCUUCUCAUUUCGAUAUCUUCUGAUCUGAACAUUGGACUGCACAAACUCUCAUGAAAUCAACAAUCAAAAUACUCGUGACAACAGGGUGAAGUUUGUUUUCGUUUUUUUUGCUACUCAUUUUGUUUGGGUGGUGAAGUUCUUCAUUUUGUUUCUAAGAGGAACUACAAGCUGCCAGAAAAUUCCUUGCUCUCUCUAAGCUAAAAAAAAAUUUACAAAAUAGAAAACUAGCUGCAUAGUCAAGGAUACAGUAUAAUGUAUCUCAUAACGUUGGAGAACAGUUUUGAAGUAUAAGCAUGAGUUAAUUGUUAGCAAAGAUUUUACCAUUUGCCUA